AUGACGACGCUCGUGGUUUCCUUGUCCACGUCGUCGUCGUUUCUCUUCUCGAAAAGAGAAGGACAAAAGGGACGACUUGGAGGAGGAAUGUGUUUUCCUCUCCGGAAGGGAACACCACGAACGACUUUACCUCGCCGACACCACCAUCAUCAUCGAAAUAGUCGAAAACGAACAACGACGAGUAUUCCACGCGCCGCGUUCUUGCGGGAUUUCUUGAAACCGUCGUCGUCCAAAAACAGAAAGGAAGAGGACCGCAACAUUGAAAUAUUUGAAGGCGAGGUGAGCGAGAUUCUCGAGUCGGCGCGAGCGGCGGUGUUUCCAACAACGGCGGAGAAGAAGACGGGGAGCGGCGACGCGGAGGCAUCGUCAUCGACGAGUUGUAAUAGCGGUUUUCAUCAAGGCGAAAUCUGGGGAAACGGCGAGCAUUUAGGCAUGGAUGUGAGAUGGAAGUUGGCGUACGCGGACGAAAAUUUCAUCGAUGAGUGCGUGAAUCCGCACUUGGCGUACGUCUCCGGCUUCGACGCCGAGAGGAAUGAAGUUUGGGAGACGGAUUUUAGCGGAUACACACAGACUUUGGAUUUAGACGAUCGCGAGGCGGCGUUGUUGGCGACGUGGAUUCGAACUGGGUAUUGGGUGUCUAGAGAUUGUUUGGAGAUGAAAGGAUUGUUGGAGGUGACGUACGUGAAAGAUACGAACGAGAAUGAACGAGUGGUGGCGGUGAGAUUGAAAGACGACGGGUUGAUUGUCGCCAACGUGUUUUUAUGUAAAGAGACGUAUUUGCCGAAGAAAGUGCAGAUUAAGUGUUGCGGGAGCGUGGAGACGUGGAAGUAUAGUCGAUGGAAGGCGUACCAGCAUGGUCAGUUUAUGUUUGCGGAGACGUGUGAGAUUAUUGGAUCGAGCGGAAGUACGCAGAGGUUUGACGCUCAAGGGUAUAGGGCAAAGAGUUCGUCCAAGACGUUUAGUAGUCCCGAAAAGAGGUUUGAUAGCGAGUUGAUUUCGAUUGAAAAGGAUGACGAUAAUAGAGUGGGUGAGAGCAGUGGUAGUAGUAGUAGCAGCAGCAGCAGUAGUAGUAAAUACAAUGUCGAGGUUGUAAAAUGUUCCUCCGAUCACGUGUUAGUUCGACCGUACAUCAACGGUCGAGAUGUCGGUCCGUUCAUUUUAGAUACCGGGGCGAGCGGUCUCGUGUUAGACCAGCGCGUUGCGGACGAUUUAGAUUUAGCCACGUUUGGCGAAGUGCACGUUUCUGGGGUCUCGACAAAAGUCAAAUGCGCUUUCCGCCGCGCGAAAGAGUUGAAGAUUGGUAAAUUGAAGAUUGAAAAGCCAGUGUUUAUGCAAAUGGACGCGAGUGGUGUCGUUUCCGGAUGUAGCGAGCGCGUUGCGGGUAUAAUCGGUUUCGAUGCGUUUAAAUCUUCUAUCGUUGACGUUUCUUCCGGCAACGAUAAAACGGUCCACAUUUACCCGAGAGGUUAUUUCGAUGCGAACGACUGGCCGUGGCAAAACGUUUCCAUCGUCUCAAACGUUCCGCAUUUGAAAGCUCGAUUUUCGGGGAAAGGUAACCACCAAACCAAAUUAAGGAUGUUCAUGGUUGACUCUGGUGCGGGUGGAGCAGAUGUCAUCUUCCACGGCCGUGCAGUUGAAUCGCUAGAUUUAGAAAACGCGUUGCUUUCCAAGAACGAAGUUCGCCGAACGUCGACGGUUCGCGGCGUGAGCGGAAGCGGCGGUGGUGGUGGCGGUGCCGAGAAGUGCGUAAAAGCGACGUUGGAUUGGAUCGAGUUCGAGAACAAAGGUAUGCGCGUCCAGGAGUUGAAGACGCUCUUAGCUAACGGGAGUGGCUUUGAUUUAAGCGAGUUUGGCGUCGGUAUGGUGUGCGCGAAUGUUUUAAAUUCGAGACGAGUGGUUUACGACAUGCCCAACCGACGCAUGUGUUUGUUCGAGGAAGAGAAAAAAAAGGUAAACGAUUAG